AUGGGUCCUCAUGCUACAGAUACUAACGACCAGGCGAAUGGACCGACGCCAUACCCUUCCUCGAUGAAGCGGCUCAGCGCUCCACCUGUGUCCCCGCGGCUUCGCGUGCGGCCCUGGUGGUUCCCGGCGCACGAACUCAGGGAUCCUCUCGUGUUCUACAUGGAGGCCUGGGUAGCAGAAAUGAUCUUUGGUCCCAAUCAAGUCUUAAUCCCAGAAAUAGAGUGGUUAAGCCAGGCUUUGCUGAGAGUGGACAUUGUCGACUCUGGGAAUGUAGCUGAAAUAACCAUUUAUGGACGACCCUGUGUGAAGAAUCGAAUGAGAAAUAUUCUCUUGCACCUGGCAGCUUGCCAUAAAGAAGAACAUGUCCAAAGAGCUACAAAGAUGAAACAACUUGAGGAAUUCUUGAAGAACCAUUCACCAAACUCAAGAGCCCAGGCAAAAGGCACUUGCUGACUGACAGGGAGACCUGCUUUCAGCCCGUGGAGGUGAAGAGAAACAGAUUCUUAAAAU